AUGAAGAAAAAUACCAUUAUUUCUAACCUGCACCAUAAGUUUGCGGAGAAGACCUGGAAUGACACUUUUUAUCUUGUUCGAAGAUGCAUGGAGAAAUCCAGAGAUGAAUCCAAACCCUGUGAGCCGCUGGUCCGAUCCCUGGAAAGACUCCAGGAAGUACUCCGAGCACCCUUUGCGAACAUCUCAAGGCACCGCCUGGAAAUGAUAGCCAAGCAGCAAGGGAUGGGCUUUCACAUUACAGAGGACACAUGCUACCUGACGGCUGACUUGUUCUACCUGGAGGUUUUCCUGCUUCCAUGCGGUGGCGUACAGGAAGUAAAGGUGGCUCCACAUGGAGAAGCCCCUGCCCCAAGCGAGUCACUUCUGCAGCUGCUGAGAUCCAGAAAUUUUGUCGAUUUCUCUAUGAAGCUGAAAGGCCUUUUCACCCAGUACAACAUCCCUGGAGAAGAUGAAGUCAAAUAUAAAUUGCUGGCAUCUCUACAAUUUCUUGUGAAAGACUUGCAACACAUCUCAAAUUUGCCAAGGGAGCCUCAGCACUGUGACCCCGAAGUGGAGUUGAUUAAUAAUGGCAGAGUUGGCUGUCUAAUGUCAGAAAAAGAAGAUUGCCCCAUAAUAAUCCAGUUCUAUGUCCCCCCGACUGAAAGGACCACUUCAGAUUCACCGUUCGGAGAAAGUGAUUUGGAGCCAGUAGUCCGGGCUGCUCAGGUUACGGUCGGUGUCAGUGACCAGGCUCACAGGCUCCAGAUGGCAUCUGUUGUCCCUCAGCCACCUCAGCUGGAUCCUCAGGGAUGUCCCGUGUUUAUUCCGCUGAGUGAGGUGCCAAACGAGCUGCUGCCCGCCUGUUUCCUGCUCAGGCUGCAGCCAGCAGUACCCAUGAUGUCAUCAUUUAUCGAGAAGCUUGGAUCAAUAACAGGUGUGUCAGUAGCUCAUGCCGACCUGCAGUGGGCGCCAUUACCCAAGAUUCUGAUGGAAGGUUCACUGAGGCCAAACAGCCACAGGGAGACGUUUGACAACCAGAACAUCUUUACAGUCCCUCUUCCUGGCGGUGUGGUGCACAGCUACGUUCUCCCCGGAGGCGAAUGGGCCGCGCCAGCUCUCCGAGCGGCCGUGGUGGAGAGCGUUCCCUUCAGCCACCCGGCUCACGUCCCAGCCCUGCUGGAGCUGCUGCGCCACCAGUGCUCCAUCAACACUCUGCUGAGUAGCUGCUUCUCCGUUCAAGACGACCGUCCAGGGCGGAUUUGUGACCUACAUUUUGAAGUUCUUCCAGAGUCUGAUACCAGCUUUUCCGUGACCUUCCGCCUGCCGCACUCCAACUCCCUUACUGUUUUGCUGGUGAACGUAUGUAACCCCCAUCAGAUUACCUGCAGAUUGUUUGGAGGAGGAACAUCUGAUCUCUGUCUGAAUGAAUAUAUCUCCACGGUUGUGAAACGCUGCAUGUCCAUUCCUGUGACCAUGAGGGCACUGUACAGCAGGCUGCAGGAGGUCACCUCUGCCCCGCUCUCGUCCAGCCGCCCGGCUGCCACAGAGCCCGAAAAUGACCACUCAACUGGGAUGGACACCAGCGCAGAAGAGACGGCCAGGCUCUCCCAAAACGCCGCUGUGCCAGAGGAUGGCGGCGGCAGCCCUCCUGGUUCAGCUAUUUGUGCCGUUUCUGAACCCAAAUCUGAGCUUCCUCCUGAAAUAAACAGCAGCACCCACGCCAGCCCCUAUCUGUCCGCUCCGGUCGGUGUGUGUCUCCACUGGAUGGGGGGCAACAGCAGACGGACAGAACCCAUCUAA